AAUCAGGCCCAUUGGCAAUCUCCCUACUCACCUCGGGCUAGCUUCUCGUACAGUACCAUACAGUACAGUUUUACUCGGUUGUGCUUCUUGCCGUCUUAAGAACAUCAUGUAAAGCCGACUAAGAACACCUGUAUAGUGUUUUUUAAAUUAUAUUAGACAGUAGAGCUUAACUAUUACCGUAGACCUCCAGACGAAGGUAUUAUGAGGAUCAAACCGUCUCUGUAUUAUGAUGUGUAUGAUUUCCGCACAAAUUCAACUCCAUAUCUUUCACACGAUCCUCAAGAAUGUGCUUUGAAUUCUGUCGAAACGGAGUUGAAACGCCUUAAAAUUAAAGAGUGCAAUGUUAGAAAUAAGAAUAAAAAUCGUGCACGAUGUGCGGCAUCCUUGGGGAGUUUAUAUCCGUCGAAGAAUAGACGCAAGUCGAACGUCAUAUAUCUAAAGGGUAGCGGUGAACUGACUAGACCAGAUAAUUUGUUGGAAAAGCGACAAUCCAAAUUUGAAAGGUCAACCUCUCCUGGGAAAAAUAGUAAUAAUAUGAAUAGAAAUGCGAGUAUUGAAACAACUACUAGUUUCUCUCGAAAAUCCAGUAUGGAUAUGAGUUCCAGUUCUAGUUAUGGUUCUCAAUUCUCCUCCCACGAACGUACAAUUAAAUUAGGAUCACUGAGAAAAGCCAUGUCAAUCUCAGCUUCCACAGUCACUUCGAAAUCUUAUGUGAAUAAUGUGCUUCCAAGUCUCUCAGGGAAGCUAUGGAGAAAGUGUUCAAGGGGUUCCAUCGAUGGGAUUCACUUAUCAGAGCAUGACAGAAGAAUAUUAGAAAUGAUGGCCUAUAAAAAACAAUUGGAACGAGAGAACGAAGAAUUUGCAUACAGGGUACAUUUGAUGUGGGAAAGGGAAUUGGAGGAGAAGCGUAAACACGAUGACUACGAGGCGCAAAAGUGGCGAGAAUAUGUUAUGGAGAAAAGAAAAAUAGAAUCAGCAGAAUGUGCCAAGAAAUUGGAGGAUGUCGAGGAUGUUCAUCGAAGGAAUAAAAAACUCCUGGAGAGAAAUAUUGCUGAAAAGGAAUUGAGAGCAAAUCGUGCUAAAGAAAUUUUACGACAGUGCAAGAAUAUUGAGACGGAGGAGAAAAUCUUAUUGAAUUAUAAGCGAAAAGCUAAAGUAGAAUUUAAUCAGCAACAAAUGGAAAUGGAAACGGCAAUGCUUCAAUUGAAUUGGGACAAACAAACACGUGAUAAAUUAAAAAAAGCUCAGGAAUCUCGUACUAGCUCUCAGGAACUCUAUAGAAGAAGAGUCGCUUCGACAAAUAGAUUGGAGGAAAUAAGACAUCAGGAAAGGUUAGAGCAGGUGAAUUUUGAAACAGAAGUAGCGUUGCGUAAGCUUCAGGAACAAUGUCGUAAAAAGGAGGAACAUGCUGAAUUGAAGUAUCAAGCACUUUUAACAGUUCGUGAUCGCAAUAUGUUGCAGCAAAGCAAUUUGCGCGAUUUAAGACAACAGAGAGUACAAGCAAUGCAUCGACAACUGGAAGAGGGUUUUGCUAAAUGGCAGAUGCAAGUAUUGCAAUUGCAGCGACAAGCCGUAGAAAGAGCAAUGUUUAAGGCUGUCAAGGAAAAAUUAGGAAGAAAGGAAAGAGUAGCAAUGGAGAAUAAAUCUAGAUUGGAACACCAUAACGAAAUAAUGAAAAAAGUGAUGGAUAUGGAAAGAGCUAAAACGCAAUGUUUGAAGGAAGCAACGAGAAGAAAAGAGGCAAAAAUGGGAAGAUUGAGACGUGAGAGAGAGAAUUCUCUGAGAGAGUCAAGAACGCAAGCACAGACUUCAGCAAGUUUACGAGAACAUGUUAGAAGAACUUUAUCGCCAGAAAAUUUUGAUAGAAAAGUAGCAAGAACUGCUCUAAUAACAAGACACGUUAGACCAUCAACAUCUAGUCCAACAAUGACUAGAUCUCACAUAUUACUCGGUUAAAAUAAUCUAAAUUUACUUUUAAAAAAUGUGAUAAAAAUUAACUUACAUUGGUAAAAUAAUAAAUAUCAAUCUUGCCUCGUC